AUGCCCCGCCACCAAAUCAACUUAGAACCCUACCGGGAUGAGAUCGUUAUUCUUUAUCACGGCGGUAACAGUAGCGACUCCAUCAGCCGCACCCUUGCGAGUCGACAUAACAUCCAAGUUAAAGAGCGAACCAUUCAGUCUCGCCUCCGCAAGUGGGGCAUCCGCAAACGACAUCGGACGACAACAGGCGAUGAAGCGUUGCAUGCGCGAAUCAAGAUGCUCUAUCUGCAAGAUAGGCUGACCGACAAAGCUAUGCUCAAUAUGCUGCAGCAAGAAGGUUACGGUAUAUCUGAGCGCACUUUGCGUCGUCUGCGAUUCAAACUAGGACUCCAUGCCAGGACUUUGGAUCAAGAGCAGCAUCAGGUACAGGGACAAAUGCAGAUGAUGGCUCCGCUCUCCCAGACAGAUACCCAACAGGUGUGA